AUGGUAUCACAGCUUCUCUGGCCUAACCCACUCCGUUGCCCUCUAUCAUCUCUUUUUCCUCUCUUUUUCUUCUCCGGAUCGAUCAUGAGUCAAGGCGACACAUCCAUUCCCAAAACUAACUUCCAACCAGCUUUCAUAGUCAGUAACAUCAAGAAUGUUAUACCCCUCGUCCUUAAUCAAACCAAUGAUCACUAUGCAUCAUGGGUGGAAUUCUUUAACAUUCACGUUUGUGCUUGCAAUGUCAAAGAUCACAUCGAUGAAGAGGCUGCAAAACCAACCGAUGUUGACAAAACCACAUGGGAUCAUUUUGAUGCCCUUGUCAAACAGUGGAUCUAUAGCACUAUAUCUCCUGAACUUGCCCACACAAUCAUGAAACCAGUUGCCUCGGCUCUUGAUCUCUGGAAACGCCUUCAAGAAAAUUUUCCUCAAUAA